ACUGUCUCGGUCGUACACGUGCGCACUGGUCAGUUGAUAAUGAUCUAGGCACGCGAAAAAGGAGCCAGCCAGCUCGAUCCGCAUCGUCCGUGAUUCGCACUGAGGAUUCCGUGCCGCGUGUUGUCAGAGUCCGUAAGCCGAGUGAUACAAAAAUGUGAAUUUUGAUCGUUCGCGUGUCGUACGGGAAUAACGCGAAUUUUAAAUCGAUAUCCCCGUUGCCAUACGUCAACCAGGAGGUAGGCGGCGAGAAGCAGCGAUGAAUGCCGAUAAGGAGACGAUGGACGUCAGUGAACAGCGACAGCGGCACCGGGUGCUCUGCGAGAGCGACGAGAUCGAGAACUCGGAUGAGAGCAGUGAAAGCAGACCAUCCGGCGAGCGAUGGGCUCCGGUCGGCGCCAACGACGGUGAUAAUGAAUUCGCGGACGAGUACAAAUAUGUCAACGCCAACGUGGACAAUCUUGCGUACGACAUGGAGAGAGUCAAAGUUCUGGAAGAGGAACAGGAGAUGUUGAAUUCGUCUCUGAUAGCAUUGACCACCCAUUUUGCUCAGGUUCAAUUUCGUUUGCGACAAAUUGUAGAUGCGCCGGCUACUGAGAAAGAGACACUGCUCAAGGAAUUAGAGGAAUUUGCAUUCAGAGGAAUACCCGAUGUACCGAACAGUUUACUACUGGAGAGCAGAUCCGUCACGCCGAUCUCGCCUGUAUCCUGUGAUCGAAGCAUGACUGGCGUAAUUACGGAUGCGGAAAUUGAAUCAAAAAUGGCAAUGCAAAGGACAAAGCAGAGAGAACUAAUUAGUCAAUUAAAAUCACAGUUAGAGGAUUUAGAAAAGUACGCGUACGAAACCGGCGACGCUGAUCUGCCGCAGAGUGUCAUUCUGGAGAGGCAAAAUAUUAUAAUUAGCCAUUUAAAGGAAAAGUUGAACUUCAAUGUUGACGAUUUGUGCAAAUUGCCAGCGGACGAUCUCAGAUGGCAAGUCGAUUACGCGAUAAGUCAAAUUGUCAGUCCGUUGAAGAUGAAGGAACAGCUGGUUUGUCAACUGAAGACGCAGAUCGCCGACCUCGAACGUUUCAUAAAUUAUCUUCAGGGAGAAGUGAGCACAGAGACGCUGGCGUGUACCUGUGCGUGUCCGGUGCACGCAAACGGCGCCGGCGCUUCGUCGUCGGCCAGCUAUGGCACGAAGCGACGCUAUGAGCGUGCGAGACACGUCGAGGAGGGUGCGGGCAACCGAACUCGAACGCUGAACACCGUGCGAAAGGUAGUCGCGCUCUUGCACGUAUUUCUGAUAUCGCAGCUGGGCUGCAGCAGCGAGCGAGUACGUCGCAAUUUUGGCAGCAACCUCAGGAAGAACCCGGUGCACAAUUGGCGCGAUUUGCGCACUAGGCUUGACAUCGCUAUCGAGCACGUGCUGGACACAAUCGCGGAAACGUCGCGACGGCAGCAGCAACGUCGUGUCGACGACGACGAGGAGGAGGAAGUGGACGAUAUAGAUGAUAUAGACGAGAACGAUUACACGUCCGACUCGGAUUCGGCGUCGCAUGCGAAUGCCCGACUUACGUCCGCGGUGCGGAAGCAUCUCGCCACAUCGAUACGCGACCUCAUGCAGCACGGCCUGACCGCGGACGUAAUGCGCUCCGGCACCAGCGUCGUGCCGUUCGUCGGCUGCUUUCCGCAGCGCAACGAAGUGACGCCCGCGAACUUUAUGCACGCCUGGGAACUGAUACUGAAAUAUUACGAGAUCAAGAACGGACGCCGUUACAAUUCCAGCCCCGCGCAGAAGCUGUCACAGAGUUUUAAUCUGGAUCUCGCGGCCGGUAGGAUAGCUUCCUCGAAACAGAGCUUAUUGACGACCAUAGGUAACAUUAUCGCCUCUCACAGCCCGUAUAAGCGGAGUUAUGAUUCGCAUUUCAAGGCAUUUGUAUGCGCGGCUUUGAAUGCGAACAAACUCGUGAUAUGUUACCUCUCGUGGAGUUACGUCGUGAAGACAGGUUUCCAAGACGCGUUUCACGCGUUGGAUCGUUUGACCAGUUACAAGUUUGACCUGCCAGUCGACUUGGCUGUGCGACAAUUCCAGAACAUAAAGGACGCGUUCUGAUUGUACGAUUUUAUUGUUAUCGUUAUUGUUAUGUAGGGAUGUAGAACAUACACACGCGUACUUUCAGUACUUUCUGUAACACGAGCUAUAAUACCGAGUACGGAAUGGAUGAUAACGGUAUACAAUGCAAAUCACUAGAAAUAGGACACUUGAAUAGUGCUCUUUCUCUCUCUCUCUCUUUCUCUUUGCAAAUGUGAGAAGCUAUAGAAUGUAAUUUAAUUUAAAUAGAAAAAAGCAUAAUUUUUUUAAAGAUAUUUUUCCAGAAUUAUUAAAAAAAUCAUUAUUGUUUCCUUAACGAAAAACAUUAUAUCGCUGUUAAAUUAAUUAGAAUGUUGAAUACGUUUAAAGCUAUUUCAAUUAUAUUUUUCGCACUGUUCAUUAAGAAAAAAAAGAACUGUUUGAAUAUUCUGUUUCCGGUGACUCGUGUUGCACGCAAGAGCGCGGAGAUCGUUCAUAUAUGUUCAAAGUGUCGAUAUCACAGAAACGGUCCUUUCUUUAGUCCCUAAGUGUUCACAAUACCAAAUGCAUAUAAAGAGUUGAAUAGUGAUAACCAAUAGGCGUAACAAUGAUUUAAAGUAUUAUCUCAGUAUUCGUAUAGAUCAGUUGUGAAUGUACAAACUUUGAUUUCUGCCUAUCAGGCAGCUGAUAUAUACACGCAUGCAUAUACGCAUAUAUAUGGUUCUGCAAGUAUCUUGAAAGAAUCUUAAUUAAAAUCUGCAAUGCGUCUGUCGAGACACUUUCCAGUAUUGAAAAAAUACAAGGACUGAAUUAAACGAAGCUAGUCACUUUGAGAAAGAAUUAUUUCACCUAUCGCAUAUUUUACAAGCAUUGCUGUACUUAUGACGCGUUUAGCGAGAAGACGUGUACCAAAAAUGUGUGUAAUAUCAUCGUGACUCAACAGAGACUCGUUGCACCGAACACUGUUUGUAUAUCGUAAGGCGUUUUAUGUACAUCUACACAUAUAAGUUCUAGCAUAAGAGAAUAUAUAUACAUAUGCAUAUAUUAUAUAUUGUAAUAUAUACACAAGAGACGCAAACCAAACCUGCUUUUUAUAAACGACGAAUUAUUUUCAAUUAGUUCCGCAGAUAGAUUGAAACGUAUAAUUGUAGAAAAUAUACUUACGAUGCAAUGUGA